AUGGGAGGCGAGAACAUAUCCCUCUUACAACUCCAGGCUCAAGCCAUGCUCGCUACGGGCCUCGAUAAUGUGAUCGCAAGAGCAACGGAGUUUGAGAUCCACGCCGCCUUGGUGCUGCUCGAACACCAGAAUAAGAAGAAGGAUACGAGCAAUGUCUGUCGCGUGAUCGCUAUGCUCAGAAGCAGCCCCGACGCGCGGAAGGUGGCGAACCAACUCAUAUCGCGGGGCAAGGAACGGGGAACGGAGCAGACACAUACCUCAAGUGACGGCAAGGCCAUGGAGACCGCCAGCCACAGCCGCGACAGUAACACGCCAAUCGACGAGCCACCUCAGACAUACGACUGUGCUGUCACAGGAGGAUGCUGCGAUAGCAUCACCAUGUCCGGCGCCGUGCAUCUCGCCGACAAAAUCACGCGUCGCGGUAGCAGCGAUCACUUGGUCGCGGACGCCCGCUCCCUCGAGUCCCUCGUCGACAACAUGCCACUCAAGAUCCUGCGACGCAAAGACAUCGCGGCGCUGAACCUGUUCCAGGACCCCGCUCCGUCCAUCAACCAGAUUCCAGACGAGUGGCAGACCACUGUGUGGGGUGUAUGGAGGGCGUGCGUUGAGCAAGCCAGCUUUGCUGAGGCCGGGACAGACCUGUCGAUGCUGGGCGCGUUGGCUUUGCGGGGAGGCAUGUCGUUCAAGAAGGGGAAGGUGACAUAUCCGGAGGACCUUGUGCCAACGGUGGGCGAGGAGGCUGAGGAGUACGAUGCCGAGUAUUGGGAAGCGCUGGCUGACCAGGGGUAUGCGAUGGGAGAGGUGUGGGGAAGCGUGUUUCCGGAUGAGCAAUCUGACGAAGUGAAUGGAGGUUAG